AUGAAUAUUAUAAGAAAAGCAUAAACUACAAUAUUGAGACCUUAAUUCAACUAUUAAAAAGUAAUUCUCUUUCCGGGAGAUGGAAUAGGCCCUGAAAUAUCUAAGGCUGUUAUCGAUAUAUUUGAUGCUGCAAAAGUUCCAAUUGAAUGGGAAUUUCAUGAGAUUCAUAAAAAGAGAGUAACUGAAUCAGGCGAUUUAAUCACAGAGGAAACCCUUAAAUAAGUAAAAGCCUUGAAAUACGCUUUGAAAGGACCAUUCGAAACUCCAAUAGGAAAGGGAUAUAGAUCAAUAAAUGUGACAUUAAGAAAGAGAUUAUAAUUAUUUGCUAAUGUUAGGCCUUGUAAAUCCAUCAAAGGAGUUAAAACUCCCUAUCCAGGGGUUGAUGUCGUAACUAUAAGAGAAAAUACAGAAGGGAAUAUAGUGGUUCCUGGAGUAGUUGAGAAUCUCAAAAUUGUCUCCUAUAAUGCUUGUUAGAAUAUUGCCUAAUACGCAUUCGAAUAUGCAAGAGCAAAUAAUAGAAAAUAAGUAGUGGCUUGUCAUAAAGCAGGUGUUAUGAAAUAAGGGGAUGGAGUAUUCUUGAAAGUUUGUGAUGAUGUUGCAAAAAAUUAUCCAGAAAUUUAAUUUAAUGAAGAAUAAAUUGAUACAAUGGCUUUUAAACUAGCAAAUGAUCCAACUAGGAUUGAUGUUAUGGUUAUGCCCAAUCUUUAUGGCGAUAUUGUUUCUGAUCUUUGUGCAGGCUUAAUUGGAGGAUUGGGAUUGACUGCAUCAGGAAAUAUUGGAAAAGAUUGUGAAGUGUAUGAAGCUGUUCAUGGAACUGCACCUGACAUUGCAGGAAAAAAUCUUGCAAAUCCGACGGCAUUACUAUUAUCAGGAAUUAUGAUGUUAAAAGCAACGAAGUUAAAUGAUUAUGCUCAAAGAAUCGAAAAUGCAACAUACUCAGUUUUAGAAGAAGCCAAAUAUUUGACUGGUGAUCUUGGUGGUAAAAGUACAACUACUGAUUAUACCAAAGCUAUAAUUGAUAAAUUGUGAUCAAUUUAUAUCUAAAAACAUAUUUUAUUAUUCAAUUUAAUAAA